UGGAUGACGUUAAUCGUGGUGUAUCCGGUAAGUGAAAUGACUCAGCUACACAGCCAGUGAGAGCAGUACAGCACCCGACAGCUGUCAAGACGGUGUGGUUUACUCGUCACCCUGAAAGAGACAGUCAGUGGUGAUUGUAACUGUGCCUCGAGAAAAGGAUCAGAUGUACAAAACCAACGCUACUUGUACCGUUGAGUUUGAGCUGACAGAGGAACCCAAUGAGGUCCACUUCCGCCCUAAUGUAACCUCAGGGGCGACAGCAAGGAUCACGCUAGUGGCUGAGUUCAAUAGGAGUGAAGCUAGUGUUGCUGUAUCUUAUAAUAAUCCCCCGUAUGAGGUGUCUCCGAAGGCCGGGUCAACGCUGCUACCAUUCUAUAAAGCAGUGUUAAGCAGUGAUGGUCUGGUCGAAUGGCGUGCUGAGUCCCUUACUGAAUCAACAGCAGUAGUAACGAUAUGCUCACCAAACAAAGAAUCCAUCCAUGAUAUCAAAUCAACUCGUCCGCGACCUGAGAGUGAUACUGCAGGUCCCUUCGCUCACUGGCCCAAGACAACCUCUCUCACUACCUUACUACUUUUGCUGGCUACCUGUCUUGGUAGUAUAAUCUGCCUGGUGGCCUAUGUGUGCGCUCUAAUCCUGCAAAUAAAUCGACUGAAGGAAGGCAAGACGAUGACAGAGAACAAUGCUCUCCACCAAGUGACUGAUCAGCACCCAGCCACCCACCAGGAUCCUGACCCUUCCUCACCUAACCUCCUAUUCUACCAUACUAACGCCUUGUAUGAUGAUAACGUGAGCCAGAAUACUUUAUAUGAUGACGUGAGCCAGCAUGCUAUAUAUGAUGACGCGACAUCCUACAUCAGGUGACGUGUACAGACCGUGGAGCUUACGGGCAUGCAGGGUAACGGCCAUUAAGAGGCAACGUAACUGUCAACCUUCUGGCUGAUGGCAUAUCCUCCCAUAUUAGAACAUAAGAAUGGAGGAAACUGGAGCGGGCCUAUUGGCCCAUACUGGACAGUCCCGUUUACACCCAACCCCUAUUGCUCAUAUAAGCAUCCAACCUGUGUUUGAAG